GCGCAGAAGCGGGGGCACAGAGCGGGCGCGGCUUUCGGGGCAGAUUGGUGCGGGACUCGGGCGGCUGAGGGAGGCUCGACCGGACGGAGGCACCACAAGCCGGGCGUGCCAAGGCCAGGGAGGAGCCGGAGGGAGGCACCGCCGGGCCCGGCCAUGGCUCGGUCCGAUGACACGCUCGAGAUGCCAGCGCUGGGCCGCCCCUUCCAGCUGGGGAUGCUGUACGACUGCCGCAAGGACGCCCUCAUCCCAGGGAUCACCCUUUGGGACCUGCAGGCACUGCAGAAGGACCUGAGCAUCCGGCCGCAGCCCAAGACUGAGUCGGAGGUCAUCGCCUCGGACUCCAUCGAUGACAAGGCCUCCGCCCUCGGCGUCUCCGCGUCGCUCAAGGCCAGCUUCCUGGGGGGCCUGGUCGAGGUGGGGGGGUCCGCCAAGUACCUGCAUGACUCCAAGACGUCCCGGCAGCAGGCCAGGGCCACCCUGCAGUACAGAGCGACCACCCGGUACGAGCAGCUGACCAUGAGCCACCUGGGCGUCCAGAACGUCUCCUACCCGGCCGUCUUUGAGCACGGCACGGCCACCCACGUCGUCACCGCCGUCCUGUACGGCGCCCAGGCCUUCUUCGUGUUCGAUCGAGAAGCCUCUUCUUCUGAGACAGUGCAAGAUCUGCAAGGAGGCCUCCAGGUUAUGAUUGGAAAGUUCAUAUCUAUCAAGGGGGAAGCAGAAAUUGAGAUGAAUGAGAAGGAAAAAUCCUAUACUGAGAACUUCAAGUGCAAGUUCCAUGGAGAUUUUUCUCUGGACAAAAAUCCAGUGAGUUUCGAGGAUGCCAUUCGAGUGUAUGCCAGCCUGCCCAAAAUGUUAGGGGAUGAUGGGAAGAGGGCUGUGCCCGUGCGGGUCUGGCUGUACCCGCUGACCAAGCUGGACUCCAGAGCGGCCAAGUUGGUGCGCGACAUCAGCCUCUCCCUGAUCUUUGAUGCCCAAGCAUUGAUGGAGCAGCUGAACGAGGUCAAGAUGAGAUGCAACGACCUGGCAAGGAGCCCCGUGACCGACGCCUUCCCAGAAGUCAAGAGGAAAAUCAAGCAGUUUGAGGAUCUGUGCAAGCAGCACCGGCAGACCUUCCAGAAGCAGCUGGCAAGCGUCUUGCCUUCCAUCCGAGGAGGCGGGAAAGAGGAAGGGGCCCUGGCAGACAUCCUGGCCUCCAUUGGCCACUCCCCUUUCAACAGCCAACGACUCGGGGAGUUUCUGGACGCCAAGGAGCGAGAGAUCAGUUUCGUGAAGUCAUACCUCGCGAUCCUCAGUGGGGUGGAGGUCAUCUCCUCCCGGAACAAGCUGGAAGAGGUAGUGCUGGACCCCCAGAACGAGUUUGUCAUCUCCUUUACCUUCACUUCCCUGCAUGACGAGGAGCCGUUUCUGUCCCAACUGCAGCGCUGGCUCCAAAGGGCGUUUCAGCAGCCGGGGGACGAUCCGGGAGCCGGCGCGGCUGCCCCAGGGGCGGGCAAGGCCUGGUUUGAGCACAAAGAGAAAGUGCAAAAGGCUCGGAAAGCUGCCAAAUCCAUUUCAGACUUUGCCCGUGUGAACAGCGCCAGUGGGACGACUCGCUUUGUCGUGGCCUCCGUCCCUGACGGGGAGCACCCCGGAGCUUCCAUCUACCUGUAUGAAGAGGGGGAGCUCAUCAGCAGCUGCCUUGAGCUGCCCCCCAAGCCUCUCCCUCCCCUCCUCGGGGCGGUCGGGCACGAGAGCGUGCAGCUGACCUUCCAGCCGGCCGCGUACGGGAGGGCUUCCAUCUCCGGCUACCGGGUAGAGUACAAGGUCACGGGAGAAGAAGGCUGGGGGGCUGCGAGCACGGAGGACGGACGGGAGACAUUCCUCCUGGAAGGCCUGAGCCCGAACACAGAGUACCAGCUCCGAUACGCCGCCAGGAGCAAGCCGGGCCUCAGCGUGAGCAGCGACCCGAGUGCACCGGUGAGGACGCUUCCCACCAGCCCUCCCGGGAAGCCCAGAGAGGUCACCGCAGAGCCGUCCCUCAUCUCCGUGGCCUGGGAGAGUCCCAGCGCCGUCGGCGUGGGGGCCGUUAUACAGGAGUACAAAGUGGAGUACAGGGAGGGGGCUGGGGAGAAGAGUCGCGAGGCCAAAGGGGGGUGGAAGGAGAAGAGGACGGCAGGGAAGACGGAAGUCUGUGAAAUUGGCCAGCUGAAGCCGCAGACACGCUACAGGGUCCGGGUGUCGGCCGUGUGUGCCGACGGGGCUCAGAGUGCUCCCAGCGAAGAGGUGGAGGUGCUCACAUCCCCGGAAGAAGGAAGGGAGUCCAGACUGGCCCGCGCAUUCCUCCCGAAGAGCACCCUGCUGGAGAAGGGGCCGCCCUCCGUGUACGCCCUUCCUCUGCAGAAGGCCACGGCCGGUGCCACCAGGUCCUGUGUGACGUACCAGCUGGGUGAAGCGAGCUCGCAGGUCCCCAACAAGGUGAUCAUGGUGAUGGGGGCCACGGGGUCAGGGAAGACCACCCUCAUCAACGGCAUGGUCAACUACAUCCUGGGCGUGCAGUGGGGAGACGACUUCCGGUUCAAGCUGAUCCACGAAGAGACCCACAGAAGCCAAGCCGAGAGCCAGACCUCGGAAGUGACGGCCUACGUGCUGAACCACCAGAGGGGCUUCCAGGUCCCCUAUUCCCUCACCGUCAUCGACACGCCGGGGUUUGGGGACACGAGAGGAAUCGCGCAUGACAAAUUGAUCACGGAGCAGAUCCAGGAGUUCUUCUCCACCCCGGGGGGAGCAGAUCACAUAGACGCCAUCUGCAUCGUGGUCCAGGCUUCCUUUGCCCGUUUGACUCAUGCCCAGAAAUACGUGUUCGACUCGGUGCUCUCCAUUUUCGGGAAAGAUAUCAAGGACAACAUUCAAGUCCUCAUCACGUUUGCAGAUGGGCAGACCCCUCCUGUCCUGGAGGCCAUCAAGAAGGCCGAUGUGCCGUGCGCCAAAGAUGCCAGAGGAGUCCCCAUUCACUUCAAGUUCAAUAAUUCGGCCCUGUUUGCCCACGGCCGCAGCGCAAGUGGGAACAGCUUUAAUUUUGACGAAAUGUUCUGGAAGAUGGGCACUAUGAGCAUGAAGACCUUCUUCGACUCAUCGGCCAGGCUGGAAAUGAGAAGCCUGACCUUGACGAAGGAAGUGCUCCGGGAACGGAAAGAGCUCGAAAUCGCCGUGGAGGGGCUGCAGCCCCAGAUCCAGGCCGGCCUGGUGAAGCUGGAGGAGCUGCGGAAGACGCAGAAUGCCCUGGAGCAGCACAAGGGAGACAUGGAGGCCACCCAGGACUUUGAGUACGAGGUGGAAAAGACUGUUCCGCACAAGCAGGACAUCUCUGGGAGUGGGAACUACAUCACGAAUUGCAUGCAGUGCUACUUCACCUGCCACUAUCCCUGCGGGAUCCCGAGGGAUGAGGACAAGGCUGGGUGUGCCGCCAUCAGCCAGAGUACCGGGAGGUGCAACGUCUGUCCCGGCCAGUGCCCGUGGAACGUGCACUUCAACCAGAAAUACCGGUUUGAGUAUAUAACGGUGAAGGAGAAAAAGAACUUUGAGGACCUGAAGAAGAAGUACGAGCAGGCCUCCGGCGAGGUGAUGAAUGCGGAGAGGAUGCUGGAGCAUCUUCACGAGGAGUAUGACGUGGUGAAGCACACGCUGGAGCGCCUCAUCCAGAAGACCGUGCAGAGCCUCCGGCGCCUGCAGGCCAUCGCGCUGAAGCCCAACCCGCUCUCCACGCCCGAGUACAUCGACCUGCUCAUCAUGUCCGAGGAGCAGGAGCUGAAGCCCGGCUACCAGGAAAGGAUCCGCUCGCUGAGGGACGUGCGGAAAGUGGCUGAGCUCAUCCAGAAGAUCGCCAAGAAGGAGACCCUGCUGCCCGGAGAGCAGGACCUGUACCAGAAGCUGAGGCAAAAAGAGUCUUCCUCCCUGGGCCAGAAACUUAAGAAGGGGAUGGCGGCCAUUGCCAGCUGGUGGUGAUGAAGCUGCGCGCCGGCCCGUUUUGCGGCGG